AUGACGUUGAAACAUCUAAGCACGGAGAGGAAGAAGAACAGGGUUUUCACCAAUCAGAGGAAGAACAGGGUUUUCACCAAUCAGAGGAAGAAGAACAGGGUUUUCACCAAUCAGAGGAGGAAAAACAGGGUUUUCACCAAUCAGAGGAAGAAGAACAGGGUUUUCACCAAUCAGAGGAGGAAAAACAGGGUUUUCACCAAUCAGAGGAAGAAGAACAGGGUUUUCACCAAUCAGAGGAAGAAGAACAGGGUUUUCACCAAUCUGAGGAAGAAGAACAGGGUUUUCACCAACCAGAGGAGGAAGAACAGGGUUUUCACCAAUCAGAGGAAGAAGAACAGGGUUUUCACCAAUCAGAGGAAGAACAGGGUUUUCACCAAUCAGAGGAAGAAGAACAGGGUUUUCACCAAUCAGAGGAAGAAGAACAGGGUUUUCACCAAUCUGAGGAAGAAGAACAGGGUUUUCACCAAUCAGAGGAAGAAGAACAGGAGGAAGAAGAACAGGGUUUUCACCAAUCUGAGGAAGAAGAACAGGGUUUUCACCAACCAGAGGAGGAAGAACAGGGUUUUCACCAAUCAGAGGAAGAAGAACAGGGUUUUCACCAAUCAGAGGAAGAAGAACAGGGUUUUUACCAAUCAGAGGAAGAACAGGGCUUUCACCAAUCAGAGGAAGAAGAACAGGGUUUUCACCAAUCUGAGGAAGAAGAACAGGGUUUUCACCAACCAGAGGAGGAAGAACAGGGUUUUCACCAAUCAGAGGAAGAAUAGGGUUUUCACCAAUCAGAGGAAGAAGAACAGGGUUUUUACCAAUCAGAGGAAGAACAGGGUUUUCACCAAUCAGAGGAAGAAGAACAGGGUUUUCACCAAUCUGAGGAAGAAGAACAGAGUUUUCACCAACCAGAGGAGGAAGAACAGGGUUUUCACCAAUCAGAGGAAGAAGAACAGGGUUUUCACCAAUCAGAGGAAGAAGAACAGGGUUUUCACCAAUCAGAGGAGGAAGAACCAGGUUUUCACCAAUCAGAGGAAGAAGAACAGGGUUUUCACCAAUCAGGGGAAGAACAGGGUUUUCACCAAUCAGAGAAAGAAGAGGAAUAAACCCACCUGGCACAGAUAUCAAUUCAACAGCUAUUCCAAAUGGUUCAACAACUUCCCCCCUCUGGGUGUCUACAAGGCCUUUGACCCUACCCAGGGGCAGUUUACUCCCCCUCCCCCCAUCCAAGGAGAAAACACAUAA